GAAAGAGAGAUGGCGAGACACUUGGAAGAUGUAAUGAGCAUGGCUACAACGACACAUUUCGAUGCUAGCUACUUGUUUCAUGUUGUGUUCUUGGCUCUGAUCGGCUGUUGUGUCCUCUCGGCUAUGUUAUUCUCUUGCGCCGAUGGAGUUUCCGACAACAGACCCACUUCGGCAAAAAAACAGAAUAAACAUCUAAUGAAAAACCCCAAACAAAAACUGUAGCAAUUGAAUUCAUACUAAAAAUUUUUUUUUUUCUGUAGUUAUUUUCAUUGUAAACCAGAGUAAACAUAUCCAAAUCCCAUAUUGAAACCUUAACUUUUGAAGAGAUUCAUAAGUCUAAGAAAGCGUUGACUAAGUCUCAUGGGCUCCUAAUCGACACCAACAACAGCACACAACCACGGUUCAUGUGUUCAUGAGAUAAACUAAAAAAUAGGAGCUACCAUCAAAGAUUCUUCAUGGACCCGAAACCCGUACCGGAUCAAUUGAUUACCAAAAAAGAGACGAUCCUGUAGAUGAUUAUUUGGUGAGCCAAGAAGAAAGGUGCUGAAGGGGAAAAGUUUUUUCAGGCGCUGAUGGCAAAUGAUUCUUUAGACCUUGUCAUCUUCGCUUGUAGUUGUAUUUCUUUUCUAAUUAAGUUUCAAAAAUGUACUA